AUGUCCAUGUGUAGCAAGAACGACAAGAAAGAUGGCGAGCAGACAGGCGGCAGCACGAUGACGGUGCCGGCGAUGAGGAAGGGGCCGUGGAUGGAGGAGGAGGACGCGCAGCUGGUAUGGUUCGUGCGCUUGUUCGGUGAACGCCGCUGGGAUUUUUUAGCAAAGGUCUCAGGUCUGAGGCGCACCGGCAAGAGUUGCCGCCUGCGGUGGGUCAACUACCUCCACCCGGGCCUCCGGCGCGGCCGCAUCACGGCCGAAGAGGAGCGCCUCAUCCUCAGCCUCCACGAGCAGUGGGGCAGCAGGUGGUCGCGCAUCGCCAGGAGCCUCCCCGGCCGCACCGACAACGAGAUCAAGAAUUUCUGGAGGACGCGGACGAGGAAGAAGGCGCUCGAAGAGAGGAGGCAGAACAGCAACAACAAGACGGCAGGAGCAGCGGCAUCCCCUUCGUCCUCGCUGGCGUCUGACAGCCCCGGAUCUCCGAACAGCGGCGGCACGGCCACUUCCUCGUCGGUGCCGUCCGAAUCAGCGCCACGAGAGAGCACCGGCGACGAGGCCGAGCUCGAGGAGGCGUCCACCACCGCAGCAAGCCAGCACCAACAGCAGCCGCACCAGGAGGAGUGCUGCACCAUGGACCAGCUUUGGAACGAGAUCGCGGCGGCCGAUGCGGCGGAGAGCUACGUGGUUGACAGCUGGGGAGCCUGUCAUGGCGCUGCCGCCGAGGCCGAGCCGUCGUCGCCGGUGUGGGAGUUCUGCUCGGAUUAUUCUCUCUGGGGGAUCGACGACGAAGAGUACUACAAGAAGAUGCUCGAUGCCUCCUGAUCCAUCCAUAUCGAUCCAUCAUCUCAUAUAUUUGUGCCGUAAUUACUAGUGCUAUUACGCUUCUGAUUUCAUCUUUUCGUACUCGUUUAAUUGCCUAAUGUAUAAAAGAAGGUAUUAAUACGUUGAUGCAUGCACGCUACGUCGUUAAUUUGCUCAUCCAGGGUAGGCCUGGAUCAUCAGUGUUCUAUGAUUAUGAGAGUUUUCACAUUAAAUGGUAACAGUAUAUAUGUAAGAGA